CAGAGCUGGGCGCUCGCGCGCUGCACUUCCGGCUGUACGUAGUGCCACCGGAAGUAUCCGGGGGGACCGAGGCCGUGGGACUCGGCGGAGCGGAAGUCAGUGAGUGAGACGACGGCGGCGGCGGCGGCGGCGAGAGGAUGAACAACAAGUUCGACGCAUGAGAAAACUGAGGCUCAGAGAGGGAAAAGGACUUGCCGAAGACCCAAAUGAGACCCAAACUCACAUCUCCUGACUGGUAUCCUGGCUUCCUUCUUUCCAGCUUGAAAGACGAUGACAGCGGGGACCAUGACCAGAAUGAAGAGAACAACGCACAGAAAGACAGUGAGAAGGAAAGAAAUGAGCGAGACCGAAGUCAGAGCAGCAGCAAGAGGAAGGCUGUUGUCCCUGGGCCCGCAGAACACCCACUGCAGUACAACUACACUUUCUGGUAUUCCCGGAGGACACCCGGCCGGCCGACCAGCUCGCAGAGCUAUGAACAGAAUAUUAAGCAGAUUGGCACAUUCGCCUCCGUGGAGCAAUUCUGGAGGUUUUAUAGCCACAUGGUACGUCCUGGGGACCUGACAGGCCAUAGUGACUUCCAUCUCUUCAAAGAGGGAAUCAAACCCAUGUGGGAGGAUGAUGCCAAUAAAAAUGGUGGUAAAUGGAUUAUUCGGCUCCGUAAGGGUUUAGCUUCCCGGUGCUGGGAGAAUCUGAUACUUGCCAUGUUGGGGGAACAGUUCAUGGUGGGCGAAGAGAUCUGUGGGGCAGUCGUCUCUGUCCGUUUCCAGGAGGACAUUAUUUCAAUAUGGAACAAGACUGCCAGUGACCAAGCAACCACAGCCCGUAUCCGGGACACGCUACGUCGAGUGCUUAACCUACCUCCCAACACCAUAAUGGAAUACAAAACACACACCGACAGCAUCAAGGCCUGGGAGGAGUUUCAUGGCCUGGUGAACAGCAGCGGCCGCUGAUCGGACGCUUCCCCUCUCUGUCUCUCACACCCAGGGGACAAUUCAAGUUUUCGAAAUACAAAAAUCACAUUGUGAAAGUACCCAAGCUGGCAAUAAUCCUUUUCUGUAUGUGUGUGUCUGUCUGUCUGAAACGGAUGGGAGGCCUCCAGCAGCUCCCUCCGUCUGCUCACUGAAGGGACAUCCCCGAUCCAUGGGCUCCCCUUUUGCACUCAUCCUUGGAGGAAGGAUUCCACUAGACGCCCUCCGGCAUCGCUGACUUUAAAAAGCAGAAAGACAGAAAAGAUGACUUUGUAAUAGACAGACUUUUUUUUAAAAUGGGGGUUCUGGGGAGAGUUGAACCUUUCAUUUGCUGUGUGUGCCGUUGUCCACAUGCCUUCUGGGCCCUCUCUUGCUCUCUUGUUACACUUCACAAAGGGUAUUGUGAACACACGUAUGUGCCAGAGCGGUUGACGGCGAGUUUAUCAGUAUUAUGAAUGUCUGUGCAUCUGGGAAGAAUUUCUGUUGGAGAGAGUCACCAUGCUUAUCUGUAAGUGCUCCUUUCUGGCGCUGCCUUUAAAUUAUUGGGACAUUUUGGUUUUUUUCUCCCCUAUUCUCCCUCCUCCACACUGCUGUCCUCUAAACGUGUUGAUGAUAUGUUGGUGAUUGUCCAGGGCCCCAUAGGGCCUCCUGCCAGCCUCCAGUCCUUCCCUCUCUCUUCCCAACGAUGCUUCCUUCUUCCUCAGUGUGGCUGCAUACAGUGCAGCCUUUAACGUGGUGUCUGCUCCCAUUUCACAGAGGCGCAAGGCCCCUCUGCUCAGGAGUUGGGCCCCAUCUUGAGCUCUGGGUAUCAGGCUUCCUUGGGGUAGGGCAGGAGACCCUGAGAGAGUGGACUGGCUGUCCAGGGGCAUGCUCUCCCCUUAUUGAGCAGGAAGGGCGGGAGAGGACUUUGCAAAGCCAGAUCUGGCUGGAUUUUUAAGGUGUGCUAUGGGAGGAUCCCAGAGCCCUGAAAAUAGGACAUCGGAGGUGCCCCACUGGCCUUUGUUGAUGACUAUCGCGCCUUUACUGCCUGUUUGCCACUGGCCAGGAGAGCGCCUUUCCGGCGGUCCUCGGUGCUCGGUGCCCACUCUGGUAAUACCUGCCAGUCUGCGUGAUGCCCAGAUGAAGCCCUUGAAAAGCCACAGUCAUCGAGUGUUAAGAUGGACCAGAUCCUUGUUCUGAGAAGUUUGAGUGACCUCUCAACUCCAGAAGGACUAAAUUAGGAAAAGUAGAAUGAGCCCCCAAGGCCCAAAUCAGCGCUCAGAUUAGAACCCUGCAGCAGCCUUGAAGUUACACUGAUUCACUUAGCUCUUGGGAGCAAAGAUUAGCAGUGCCUUAAAACGAGGGCCUCUCAGAAAGCCUGGGCUGGGGGGACAUGGGGCAAGGUAGGGACCCUUAACCAACUGGUCUUGGAGGAAACCUACAAGAGUGACAGGCAUUUCCCCAUUGGGCUUAGACUAGUUUCUUCCUCUCCAGCACCCCCAAUCACCACUGGUUGGGGAUACUUUCCUUUUGUUAUUUUUUUUAUCAUCCUAAAGUUUCAUUAGAGCAAAACAAAUGAAAUAGAGUGUGUGUGUGCGUGCGUGUGUGUGUGUGUGUGUGUGUGUGUGUGUGUGUGUGUGUGGCGCAUUUCCAUUCUUGGCAAAAUCAGGUGUGCCUAAGGAGAUUUAGGAAUGAUUCAAACUCUAGAAGUGAGGAGCAUGACUCCCAGCCUCGAGCCAAAUGAACAUGACAGGCGAAGCCAGGAGCUGUGUUGUCUUUGAAGAUCACAAGGAGAGCUUCCCCUUGAAACUUGUGUUCUUUCAAAGGGAAAUAGCUUUGCUUUUGCCUGGGCAUGUUGAGAUUUGCCAUGGAAAUGCGAAAGAGGGCAAAUACAGAGAGAUCUGCUCUCUUUGGGGCAUUCACUUAGCUGUGUGUGGAUGUAUGUUCACCUACAUGUGUGUACAUGAAUUUGGAUCUUUUCAGGUCAUGUAUUUGUAUUUUUUUGUCCAUGUUCCCUUGAACCUUCAUCUGCUGUUCAGACUCUUGAACCACUGAUAUUUUCCAGAGCUGCUCAUGUAUUUUCCCCUCAUUUCCUCCCACUUUUGCAGUAUUUGAAAUUUUUCCUAACCAAAAAAAUGUGUACAUACACACACACGUGUGUGUGUGUGUGUGUGUGUGUGUGUAUGUAUAUAGACACAGUAUUGACUAGAACAAUUCAUCGUCCCUUUCAGAAAAGAGUUCCUUUGGCCUACCUGUCCAACAGCUUUUCUUGGGAGCUCUGUACUCUUGACCCUCAUCCAACCACUUGUUGCAAAACAGAGCUGAAGUGUCUCUUUCACUGUAACCAGCUUCUAUACAUCCACUCCUGAUGUGGUUAUAGUUCUGGGAAAUAUAGGGCUGCCAGGGCCAGCCUCGUGAGCAGGGAGCCCUUUCAGCAUCCCCCCUCCUGGCUUUCCUAUUGGGGAUGGGCAGCCAGUAUGCUCCGUUGUCCCUUUUGUGUUUUCUUUCUGAGGCACCCUUCCUCCCCCCUUUUUGUACCCUUCACUUUAUUUGGGUGUGUGAUUCCUGUGAAACCAGAAACAGCAAUCGUUUCUUACCCAGAGUAAAACAUGGUUCACGUCGCUCCAAGAAAGGGCUUGCUGGCUGUUACUAGUGGAGAAUUAGUAGAGGCCAUGGUAAGAGUGUCGCACCUUCAGAGCAUUUGUCUGCUGCAAUAAUAAAUGGAAAAAAUGGGCAAGAA